CCCCCCCAGGGACCCGGACCGCAGGAAGCCUCAGUAACAUCACAGCGGGGACGCGGGGUGGACUCGGACCAUGAGAAUUUGAGAAACCAUGAGAGGCUGAGGCCAUGCCGAAACGAGACGUCAUCCUUACCAAUGUCACCGUGGUGCAGCUGCGGCGACAAGGUGGCAGCAGAACACCACACUCUGAAUCAGACGCACAUGCAGCAGCUACAAGCAAGCUUUCACCGACACCAGCCCGUGGCCAUACCUCGCCCCGAUCAUUACGUGGUGGUGGUGAGGGGCUAACGGUGGGCAUCAAUGGAUUUGGACGGAUUGGGCGUCUGGUGUUGCGAGCCUGCAUAGAGAAAGGAAUAAAAGUUGUUGCAGUAAAUGAUCCAUUCAUAAAUGUCAAUUACAUGGAAUACAUGUUCAAGUUUGACUCCACUCAUGGUCCCUUCUACGGUACUGUGGAUGUGAAGGAUGGAAAAUUGGUGGUAAACAAACAGGAGAUCACGGUCUUCCAGAGCCCCAAUGCUGCUGAUAUCCCCUGGAAGAGCGUCGGGGUCCUGUAUGUGAUAGAAUGCACAGGAUUGAACCUCACAACAGAAAAAGCCUCGGACCACAUCAAGGCUGGAGCUCGGCGGGUGGUGAUCUCUGCUCCCUCCCCUGAUGCUCCUGUAUUUGUCAUGGGCGUGAAUGAGAACACCUAUAAUCCCAACAGCAUGACUGUUAUCAGCAAUGCCUCCUGUACCACUAAUUGCCUGGCUCCCCUAGUCAAGGUUCUCCAUGAUAAUUUUGGGAUUGCCGAGGGACUUAUGACCACAGUCCAUUCUUACACAGCAAUACAAAAGCCUGUAGAUGGACCUUCAGUCAAGUCAUGGCGGGAUGGUAGAGGUGCCCACCAGAACAUCAUUCCAGCCACCACUGGUGCUGCCAAAGCUAUAGGGAAAGUCUUGCCUGAACUCGAUGGGAAAAUAACAGGGAUGGCAUUCCGGGUCCCAGUCCCUGAUGUGUCUGUGGUGGACCUCACGUGCCGGCUGAGCCGCCCGGCCUCUUACGAGACCAUUAAGGAGGUUAUGAAGAAAGCAUCUAGGGGGCAGAUGGCUGGUAUCAUCAGCUACACCGAAGAUGAGGUGGUCUCUUCUGACAUCAUCGGGAACCCUUAUUCAUGUAUAUUUGAUGCAAAGGCUGGGAUCUCUCUCAAUGACUUCUUUGUGAAACUUAUCGCCUGGUAUGACAACGAAUAUGGCUACAGCCACCGGGUGGCCGAUCUCAUUAACCAUAUACACAGCAAAGAGAAGUGAGGGGGAGGGGAACCCCGCUUCUGAGUCUACCCCCGCAGGGCACAGCAUUCCCCUCAUCUCCGGGACCUCCGUCCGGUCCGGUCUGCCAGCUUCGCCCCUUCCUCUCCGCCCCCAGUUCGAGCAUCUCCACCAUCCGUCUCUCUCCUGCCAAUACUGACCCCGCACCGCUUCCCAGGCUGUGUUGGGGGGCGGGGCCACCCCGUGUGCGUGUUGUAUGUGUGUGUGUGUGCGUGCGCGCGUGUGUGUAUGCGUGUAUCAGCUCAGGACUACUCCCUCCUCGUCCAGCACUAGUCCUCCGGGCUCCUUCCCCCUGGGGCGACUCCACUUGACGGUUCCCGAGAGACAGUGCCUCCAAGUCCAAUAAACAUCUCAGCACCCGCUAGAAA